AUGAACGUCAAUCGCAAGUUCGAUCGCUUCAAGCAAUGGGCGGGGGAGAGAAUGGGCGGAGAGGCCAAGACCACUCUCUCCGAUGACUUCAAAGCCUUGGAAACAGAGAUGAACGUGCGCCACGAGGGAAUUGACCGUAUCCACAAGGCGACUGGCUCUUACAUCAAGUCCAUUUCGAAGCGGAGUGAAGGUGACGAUAAGGAAAAGACCUUGCCCAUUGCUCAUCUGGGUAGUAGCAUGGUUGGCCAUGGCGAAGACUUCGAUGCGAACUCUGAGUACGGCCGCUGCAUGACCAUGCUUGGAAGGGCCGAGGAGCGCCUGGCUCGUCUCCAGGACGCUUACAUCUCCCAGGUAAACGCGGGGUGGCUGGAAUCGCUGGAGCAUUCCUUGACUCAGAUGAAAGAGUACCAGACUGCUCGCAAGAAGCUUGACAGCCGACGUCUGGCCUACGAUACCUCCCUCUCGAAGAUGGAGAAGGCGAAGAGGGAAGAUUUCCGCGUGGAGGAAGAGCUCCGGACCCAGAAGGUCAAAUAUGAAGAGGCCAACGAUGAUGUAUCACGGCGCAUGCAGGACAUCAAGGACUCCGAAGUUGACGGUGUUGCGAACCUGGAAGCGUUCCUGGAGGCUCAGCUUGACUAUCACGAGCGCUGUCGUGAUGUUCUUCUCCAACUCAGAUAUGACUGGCCGAGCAGAGCCCAGCCUCCCAGCACCCGUCGUCCAGGACGCCCUCGCUCCAACACUGCGCAUUCCUAUCAUGAACGUUAUGAACCACUGCAUGAGGAGACCGACAACACGGCUGAUCUGCGGCCUAUUAUUCGAUCGACCAGGGCAUCUUCUAUCGAGCCAGCUGCCAGAGAGGUCUACCCGCCAGAUGCUUUCUCUCAGAGACCUGCUCUGAACAGAACUACGACAUUUGAAGGACCUACGCAAUUGCGCCAAGAGCAAUCCCCUGGCACAUACCAAUGGCCAUCCCGGGCAGCUAGUGACAACUAUAUUGGCCGCAGAAAUAGCGUGCAGUCCCGGACCAUGGGCAGAUCAUAUGUUGACCCGUACAUGGAACAGUCGGAGGAGCCUAGUCCUAUUAGCGGCACCAGUCCCGAGAGGACGUAUAUGGGGCGGAAUCCAUCUCCAGUGUCUUCGUAUGGAGGUGCUGUCUCGAGAAAGUCCAGCUCUACUACCCUGAAUGGCACACCACUGAACAAGAAGGCUCCUCCACCCCCACCUCCCCGCUCCAAGAAGCCUGCGCCGCCACCGCCUCCCAUGAAGCGCCCUAUCCUCAGUGCAGGCGAAUACUGA